AUGUCAGGGUCAGAUGAAGAUAUCGGCAUACAACUUACGAGGCUUCAGAUGCUUCAUGAGGAAGUCUCCAGCUAUGAACCUGACAUGAACCACCAAGACAUUGCUUCUCAGUGUAGUCUAGAGACCCACGAGGCAGUCAGAGCAUUUUAUAAAAAGAUAGAUGCUCUUAAUUCGGUGCUGCCAUCCACUAUCCAGGAUAACAUCCCAUUUCGUCUCUCAAGACUCUGCUUGAAAGUCAGAAUAGCAUUUCUGCCCCUCAAACCACUCCAAUCCGACCGAGCUCAGCGACAUAAUACACAGCUCCCAGAUCCAGAGAUUCAAUCUCUCGCAACCACCUGCUUCUCCGAAGUUCAACAAUUCCUAGAAGCGUUACUCUCGAUACCAUUGGACCAAUACAUUUAUUUCUCGACGAGAGAGUGGUGCCAGGUAAUCAUGACAAUUAGCACUGCCUCCAAAUUAUGCUUCUCUCACCUGGCCUAUGCAGAUGUGAUUGAAACCCGAGCUUUCCAAAUCCAGACACGAGCGAAAAUGCUGAUAUACCUUGAGAGUCUUGCACACCGCAUGGGAAAUCUUUCAGUAACACCUAUUCCAUCAACCAAAUACCCGGACUUUUUCUGCUUGUUCAAAUCAGUUCUGGAGAUCAUCACGCCAACAUAUGCACCGCCACCAAGCAGUUACCAACCCGCCGAUAUUGGAACUGGUACCUGUGCUGUGACGCAUCAGGAUCAAACGGAACCUUACCACCAAGAGAUCGAUGCCCAGGGAACAGGUCCUAGUGCCAGCCGCUGCCCGAUACUGAAUGGUACUAUUAAGGACACUGACUUCUGGCGAGCUCUUGAACAAAGCACCCCUAUCUCUGACGAGAGCUUGGAAGACGGCCUUGCGGACUUACAAGGAAAUGAUAUUGGUCGGAUAAGAAUGGAUCCUUCGGACUGGUCAACCAUUUUCUCGGAUUGGGUGGUUGACCUCAACAACAUGCCUGAAUGA